ACUCGGACCAGGGCUGGUUUGAGCUCAUUGAAGAAAACUACCACGCCACGGGAGAAGCUUACGUCUUUAAUAUCGCAUAUGACGAGGCGCUGUCAUUGGCCAAUCAAGGCUGCGAACUAUUAAAAUGGUUUGUGACUCUGAGUCGAGAUGAUACUCACUCUGAGAGUUACCUGCGUGCCUACUUUGCGCACAACUCCAGAGAGCAGAUGGUGCUCGACUGGGUAGAUGAGCUGGACGAUCACAUCGACGGCGGGACAUUGGAGCGGAAAUUAAUGGUUUGUGCAGAAAAGAGUGAAUUGGCUGCGAAAGAGAUUGCUUGCAGGCCGCCCAGCUUAUUUCCAUCGUCCAGAGAGACAAUCACGACGAUCAAAAACUGGCUUCAGGAAUGCUCUGAAACACAUUCGGAGUGCCAGCAACUUCAUCAGAAAACAAAAUCUCCGGGAAAGUUGGCUUCGGGACCGCGCCGUCUGCUGUGUCUUUCAGGAAGCACUUCACAUCCCCAACUACGGCUUCAAGAAAAUGAUCCUGGCAGCGAAGUGCCUCAGUACAUUGCUUUGAGUUAUUGCUGGGGCGGAGAUCAGGCCUUUAAGCUCCUUAACCAUCUCGUACAGGUAUGGGUAAAGGAUAUGCCUUACACUCAGUUGCCGCAGACAAUUAAAGAUGCUAUUCAAGUAACCAUGGACCUGGGCUUACGGUAUCUCUGGAUCGACGCGCUGUGCAUCAUACAAGAUUCAGAUCAGGAUAAAGCAGAGCAAAUAUCGCGCAUGGCAGACAUCUACGAGCAAGCGUACGUCACCAUCUCUGCUGCUAGAGCCACUGCCGUUCCGGAAGGUUUUCUCCAUAGUCGAUAUAUUGCCGGAGAACAAGGGUUUCGGAUGCCAUUUACAUGUGAAGAUGGACAACCAAGUGCGGUGAUACUUUGGCAAGGCAGAGAGCCAGAUGCGUGGGAGCCCAUUGACAAACGAUCUUGGUGCCUCCAAGAAUCCAUUUUGUCACCGCGAGUGCUUGAAUAUGGCACACAUAAUAUUAGAUUCCAUUGCGCUCGAAGUCGUGCAGAUGAAUCCCAUUUACAAUCCGAUGGCUGGAUUGGACACUCCAAAACAUUCGCCCAGCUAAACAUGUCCCAUCCGCUUACAUCCAGCGUCGAUUGGACGAGCUUAGGAGACCCUUAUAAAUUCAUCCAAGUCUGGCAGACACUUGUAUCACAUUAUACGCGCCGCGGUCUAGGCUGGUACCAGGACAAACUGCUUGCCAUCUCGGCCAUAGCCAGGAAGAUGAGCCGCAGUGCCAGCAAGACUUACAUCGCAGGGCUAUGGGCGGAAUAUCUAGGGGAGCUACUAUUAUGGCAUCCGAACCACGGCCCAGAUGCGAAAGAAACGCCGCGUCGACACGCCACUUAUGUUGCGCCGUCGUGGUCAUGGGGCUCAUUCAGUGGCGAGAUUGACUUUACGUUUGGAUCGACGAUGCAUUUGCUAGAGCUUGUGAGUUACGAGGUGGUUACGACAAUGGCAAAUGACGAGUUCAGUGCGGUGACGGAUGCGAGGCUCGAGAUUAAGACGCUAUUGUUUCGAGCGAGGAUCCGAAAAGGGCUGUAUGGGUGGUCUUUGUGGGAUGAGCAGACCAAGGAUGAGGUGGACGGGGCUAUAAAGUUUGAUGUAGUUGAAGGUGAAGUUGACGGUGAAAUUGCGGAAAACGAGGAAAUAUUGCUCGCAUUGGUUAUGACUCAAGAUGCGCUGCUUCUAAAGAAGAGGAUGCAAAAUCCAGGUGUCGAUUUAUAUACGCGAAUCGGGGUAUAUACAGAGGGACAGCGCAUGACGAACAGGCCGCAGUGGGAGAUGGGCCAAGUAGUCAUCAUAUAA